AGCUGCAGGGUGGGCUGGUGUCCCUGGGAAGCAUUGGGCUUGGCCACCCUGCACAUCCAUUUCGGUGGCAUCACCAACCUGAGCCGCGUUGUACCACAUCCUCGUUCCUGGGUGUGGACCCUCAGUCUAAGCCUUCGGGGUUCAAGGACUGGAUAGGGCUCCGCCCCCACCGCCGCUGCUCGCCCCUUGCCCCGCCCCGCCUGCGCACACUCGGCUGUCUUCGCACCCGACACUCGGCGGCGCUCGGCUGUCUCCGGCCGCUCGCUCGGCGUUCGGGUCCGCGGCCGCUGCGGCGCCGGGCAUUUCUCCGCAGCUCGGCUCGCGGCCGCGCCCGCCGCCGCCCGGCCCCGCGCCCAUGCAGGCCAUCAAGUGUGUGGUGGUCGGCGAUGGUGCCGUGGGGAAGACUUGCUUGCUGAUCAGCUACACGACCAACGCCUUCCCGGGAGAGUAUAUCCCCACAGUUUUCGACAACUAUUCAGCCAACGUGAUGGUGGAUGGGAAGCCAGUCAACCUCGGUCUGUGGGACACCGCUGGCCAGGAAGACUACGAUAGGCUUCGGCCACUCUCCUACCCUCAAACCUUCUGUCUGUCCCUCCCUCUGAAGGAUGUCUUUCUGAUCUGCUUCUCCCUGGUGAGCCCAGCCUCCUUUGAGAACGUCCGUGCCAAGUGGUACCCAGAGGUGCGGCACCACUGCCCCCACACACCCAUCCUUCUGGUGGGUACCAAGCUGGACCUGCGUGAUGACAAGGACACCAUUGAACGGCUGCGGGACAAGAAGCUGGCGCCCAUCACCUACCCACAAGGCCUGGCCAUGGCCCGAGAGAUCGGUUCUGUCAAAUACCUGGAGUGCUCAGCCCUGACCCAGAGAGGUCUGAAGACGGUGUUUGAUGAGGCUAUCCGGGCAGUACUCUGCCCGCCUCCCGUGAAAAAGACAGGCAAGAAGUGCACUGUCUUCUAGAACCCUGUCUGGCUGGCCUGGCUGAGGAACCCUCGGGUUGAGCUGUCCGGUGUCCCUAAGUCUGCUGUGGGAAGUGGUGUGGGCGGGGAGGGGAGCAUGGGGACAAGGCUGGGGUGAUGGGGUCCUGUCCCCUGUGCCUCCUUUUUCUGGGAUAUAGCACCAGUCUUCCCUGGUUCCUUUGGGAGGCCAGGAGGGAGCAGGGUCUCCCUCGGGGCUGCAGGGGUG